GUGAAUGGCGGCCAGGGCAGGACACAUGGAGAACAGCAACUGAAUGAUUACCUUGCUUGCAGACUGAGAUGUUAGCCUAGCAAGAGUUCCUGCAUUCACUGCAUAGCUGCCAACAUUGUAUCACUCAUUGGCAGGGACACAGCUGGGGCACAGGUGUAUAUCAGCAUGCUACACACCGUGCAGUCAGUGCAAUUUGACAAUGAUAAGGGUCUGUUUUCUCCUCUUUACAAGCCUGGCUAAAGAUGGCAUAAGUGUUGUACAGUACAUGGGUAUCUGAAGAACGAGAGACCUCUCUGCAGGGAGAAAAUGAGGAACAUUACAUUUCUGCGGGUUUACCCAAGCAGCAUCGGUUGGAAAUAUGUUCUUCGCUCGCUAAGCAUGAACAUCGGUUUUCCAUGCCAGAACAUAGUAGAUGAAGACAAGACACUUAAACAGGGAUUAUGUAAAGAAGCCACAAGUGAGCCUAAGGAUGUGUCACCGAACACACGGAAGAGUCUAAAGAAGUGUGUCAUGUUGAUGGCUUACUGUGGUAGCGAAUAUCAUGGUAUGCAGUUAAUAAAAUCUGGUUUACCAACUAUCGAAGGAGAACUCCUUUCUGCACUCGUAAGAGCGCAGUGUAUCCCUGAGACGUGUUCUUCCAAUACACAGUUACUGCGAUUCCAGCGCUGUGCUCGCACAGACAAGGGAGUUUCUGCUUUGGCUCAAGUUGUCUCUGUAAGACUCUUUGAAUCAUGCACGAAUCUUGUGGAGAAAAUCAACUGUAACCUACCACCAGAAAUCUGUGUAUUAGGCAUAAAACGAGUGCCAAAGAGAUUCAAUUGCAAGAAGAUGUGUGAUGCACGCACCUACUCCUACACCUUGCCCACGUUUGCACUGUCAAGGUGCGCUGUUUCUGCUCCCGACGCCAGCUUCCGUUUACCCCGGGGAGACUUCCACCACAUCAACAGACUUCUUUUGUUCUAUAAAGGAACACAUAAUUUCCACAACUUUACAAAAGGGAAAUCGGCUGAUGAUAAGAGUGCACAUAGGCACAUCUUUGACAUUUCCUGCCCUGAGCCGUUUGUUCGUGAUGGUGUAGAGUUUGCACAAAUACUGAUCAAAGGACAGAGCUUCAUGCUGCACCAGAUCCGGAAAAUGGUUGGUCUUGUCAUAGCUCUGGCACAAGGCGUCGUUACUGCUGAUUACCUUCCUCAGUCUGUGCAAAAUGGCAAGACCAAUAUUCCCAUAGCACCAGCUUUAGGCUUAGUUUUGGAGUCUACACAUUUUGAACAUUAUAAUAAGCGACGUGUCCAUGACAAUAACUUCCAUCAAACAAUAACCUGGGACAAAGCUGUACCUGAAAUAGAAGCCUUCAGGGAGGAGAAGAUCAUACCAGUCAUCAUCAAGGGAGAAUUAAAAGAUCUUUCUAUGUGGCGUUGGCUGCACCAGAUUAGUACACACAGACUUUAAAAUCCUCCAAUAUGGUCACAGAGUUAAACACAACCAAGUAGUAAAUACUAUCCAUUACUGUUUUUAUUGAGGUCAGUUGAUAGAGAGUUGCCAAAUAUAAGAUUUUGACAGAUGAUAAUGUUGUUAUUGAGUUGCUGAGAAAAAAUACAGCCCAAUAUAACCUAUUCAGCGCACACAGAAAUCUAUGUAAAAUAUAAAACGUGUAGGAGGCUAAGUAGCAUUAGCGAGUCCUCCUGAAGUCCUCCACAAUCAAAAGUCACUUCAUACAAUCUUUAGCUUGGGAUCGGUGUGGUAUACCGGUGCACGGGAUGCUGGCUGUCACUAUACCAACAGCGGCAUUCCAUCUGCUAGAAUGUUGGCAGCGGGGUAAGCGCAUCAAGCCCCUUACGGAUUUGCUGCGCUCACCACGCUGCAGGCAUGGUGGCUUGCUUCGCUCACCACAGGUUCUAGUCUCCCUCUAUGGUUGUUGUGGACACCCACAGAGGGGGAAUCACCUACCUCGCCGGUAUUCCGGCGGCGGCAUUGUACCCCCGUCAGGAUUCCGGUGUGCUGUAAAUGUCUAUUUAUUUAAGUUUAUGUUUCUUUUGGAUGGAUAUCAUGACAUAUCUAUGCUAGUUAAUUCCAGCCAUGGUGUGUCAAGAAUCCAACAAAUAUCUCUAAAAAAAAAAAAAAAAAUAUCACUGAAAAGUCUCUCUAAUUAAUCUAGAGCAUUUAUACCGAGUCCCCAUCAGCUGCUAUUGUCUGUAGCCGCUGGGGGGGGGGGGGCCUGCCGUGCCGACCAAUCAGCAAUGAUCGCAGCACGGCAAGCACUGGCGAAAGGGUCUCUAUGAGAGCGGCAGCAACAAGCACCGUUUAUCUGACUGGUCGCAUCCUGUGUGACCAGGUCAGAUAAAGCACUUGCUGGUAUGCUCGCAUCUGAUGCGACCAUGCCAAGCAAAUGGUUAAUUUAUGGCAUAGGAUGUAAUGGAGUCAAGAGUCUACCCGACGUGCAGGAUGCAAACUCGAACUCCAUUACAUCCUGCUUAUGUUAUUCUCUCUAUUUUGAAUUGGAACCACUUUGUGCUAUUUUAUUUAAAUGAACUGAGGUCUUACUCUAUUAUAUCACCUGUUUCAUUUAGAAUAGCUCAGAUUGUAAUGUAAUACAUUUUAAAUUCCAAAGUUCAAAACAGCAUUUUUUUUUUUAGUCUCUAAAUACAUAAUUAUUGUAGGUGCAGUUUGCUGCCAAGUAUUCUAAACGAUCUUUCUAGAUUGCUUAGAAAUAAAGCACGGAUCGCUCCAAGUGUGUACACCCCAUGGCGAUGCACGGUCCCGCUCGUCACCAUCGCCCGCUCAGCUCUCUAGUUAGAUCGCUUAGCAUGUGCAUAAAGAACACUGGUUAGCACAGAUCGAUGUGUGUAUAGCGGUGUGCAGUAUAGUGAUGUGUGCUGAGCGAUCUGUGCUAACCUAGACCGCUUAGCACACAGCACAAGUCGCCCCGUGUGUAUGCCCCCUAACAGUGCAGGUUUUAGUGAUAUCCAGGCUUGAGCACAGGUGACUUAAUUAGUACCUCGGUUAUUUUAAUUUUAACCAUCGGUGCUGAAGCCUGGAUAUCACUAAUACCUGCACUGUUAGUGUGCUUUGAGUUGGGAAUGCCUGGACAAAGUGAAUGUAUUACAAUAAUAUCAAUGUUUUUAUUGUAGUCGAUUAAAAAAAAAAAAAGAUAAUAUCAAAGCUUCCAUUGCAUCAACAUAAUAUUACAUAAAUAUAAAACAUGGAUUUCCCUUUAAGUGAGUUUCAAGUUAGGUUGCAGCAAAACGUCCCCAUAAUAGAAUUUUACAGCAGAACAGGCCAUUUGACAGGUGUGUGAAGUUCCACUAAUAUGAAUUCUGCUUAUGCUUUUAUAAUACUGCACAGUAUUUGUAAGUCCCACAUUUUGUGGAAUUUAUGGUCCUAAGUACUGCUGCGAUGAUGAUGGUGUCAAUUCAUACAAGUCAGUGGUGCAGUUGCGGUGUAAGAAGGGACAAUCCAUGCCGGACAAAACUGAUACAAGAAAUUUCACGUGGAACACUUAAGGUCAGAUCCCACUAAUGAAACAUGUAAAACACUGCAGACAAAUGUGUAAUGAGGUAAUAUUCCACAGAACAAUGUCAAUAUUUUGCUUAUGUUUACUGAAGCGUAUGUAGCAGAUGCCUUAUAAGGUAAGUUUGUAUAAACUGUAAUUUUGACAAAUA